AUGAUGGCCUCUAUGAGUGCUGAGGAGUUGGCUGAUCAGCCUUUCUCCUCUCGUGUCUGGGCCAGCGUGGGCCGUGUGAGCAGCGUCUACUUGAACAAGUCCAUUUUGUACCUCAAGACUCGUUGGCUUGUGCUUUUCGCGUGCUUGGCUUUCUACAUCGUGCGUGUCUACUUCUUAGCCGGUUUCUUUGUAGUCAGCUAUGGGCUGGGCAUCUACCUUUUGAACCUCCUGAUUGGCUUCAUCUCUCCCCAAGUGGACCCGGAAACCGACGAGUACGUCUUGCCUGUCAGGGGAGGAGGAGGCGGCGCUCAGAGUGAGCCAGGAGAGUUCCGGCCAUUUCUGCGCCAAGUCCCAGAGUUUAAAGCAUGGGCCUCAGGCAUGCGAGCGUUGCUUAUUGCCAUCGCCAUGACGUUUUUCCAGGUGUUCGACUUGCCCGUCUUCUGGCCCAUCCUCCUCAUCUAUUUCAUUCUCCUCUUUAUUCUCACUAUGAAGCAGCAAGUCAAAAAAAUGAUCAAGUACAAGUACCUUCCUUUCUCUUGGGGCAAACAAACGUACGGAGAUAUCACCCGCGGUAGCGGCCCCAGCAGUCAGAGCCCCUCCUCUCCCAAGGCAUCCGUCACCUCAACAGCCACAGCUCCUUCCUACAUAUCCCACGAGCACUUUGCAGCCACAUACGUCCUGCGCUAA